CUCCAUUCACACAUUCUGCCCCCCCAUCCAACCGUACUCCACUGGCGCAGCGGGAACUUUUCCAUUGAGAGGGGAGCUCUUUUGUUUUCCUCAUUGGCAGGCGGCGUUAAUGAUAAUGAUAAUGACAAUAUUAUUAUAAUAAAACCGAAAACGAGUCUGUCGGAGCCGUUAAUUAAUGGGAAUCGUCACUAUCAGAGCGCAUUGUUAAACGGCAAUAAAACGAGAAUUGAGUAAAAAAAAGGUCCUAGAAAUAAUCAUGCAGCUGACAAACAAUUCGCACACUCGAUUUAUAUAAUGAGGCAAUCAAUAAAUCGUUUAGCCAGACGGCCGUUAAGUCCGCAGCCGAUCAAACAUGGUUUACUAUUCCAAUGGGGAGCGUAGGCCCCUGCUGAUCCGCGUAGUUCCGGAUCCGCUGAGGAAACUAGCCACCUCGGGCUUCGGUGCCCGCCACUGGCAGGCCAUCCUCCUGUUUGUGGGCAUGAUGAUAAACUACUUCCAGCGGGUCAACAUCUCGGCCGCUAUUGUUCCCAUGACCCAGUCCACGGCAGGAGCUCCUUUCUACAACUGGGAUACGUCUGACAAGUCCUUGAUCCUCAGCAGCUUCUUCUGGGGCUAUGUGGUCUCCCAGGUGCCGGCAGGUCUUCUGGCCAAGCGGUUUGGUGCCAAGCUUGUCCUGGGCGUGGCCACAGCCAUAGGCGGCAUCUUGUGCUUUUUCCAUCCCAUGGCCGCCAACAGCGGCUGGGAGAGUGUCUGCGUGCUGCGCGUUUUUACUGGUCUGGUCCAGGGAACAGUCUAUCCCUGUGUUCACACCCUGCUGGCCAAGUGGGUGCCACGCACGGAGCGGGGUUUCCUCACCACGGGCAUCUACUCGGGUGCGCAGUUCGGAACAGCGGUUAUCCUAGUCACCAGUGGCUUUAUCUUCGAGUCCAGCAUGGGCUGGCCGGGACUGUUUUACCUGUCCGGGGGCCUGAGCCUGGCCUGGGCUCUCCUGUUCUUUUGGCAGGCAGCCAACGAACCCGCCACCGCCAGCAGGAUCAGCAAGAGCGAGCAGGAGUACAUAGAGAGCCUGACGGGAAGCAAUAGCGCGAGUCAGUCCAUGCCGGUUCCCUGGAUGUCGAUCUUCACAUCACCAGCUUUCUACGGACUGCUGGCCGCCCAUUGCGGCUUCACCUGGGGCUUCUAUACCCUGCUGACCGAGAUGCCCACGUACAUGAGCAGCGUGCUGCAGUUGAACGUCAAGUCGAAUGCCUUCCUCUCCUCGCUUCCGUACUUCGCCAUGGGUUUGCUCUGCCUGGUGGUCAGCCCCAUUUCGGAUCUUCUUAUCAACCGGGGCACCAUUUCCAUCACCACUGCCCGGAAACUGUUCAACUCGAUCGGCCAGUGGGGACCGAUGGCCUGCCUCAUUGGCUUGGGCUACAUGACCGCCGACGAGAAGACGUGGGCCAUUCUCCUGCUGACGCUGGCCGUGGGUAUCAAUGCGGGUUGCGCCUGCGGCUAUCUGAUCAACCACAUUGAUCUGUCACCCAACUUUGCGGGUCCCAUGAUGGGAGUGACCAAUGGCAUAGCCGGAGUGACGUCCAUUGUGGCUCCCCUGGCGGUGGGGGCGAUUCUCAACAACGAGGAGGAUUCCAGCCAGUGGCGGUUGGUGUUCUUCAUCACGGGCGGCGUCUAUCUGGUGUGCAACACUCUGUUUGUGAUCUUUGGCAAGGCCACAGUACAGCCUUGGAACGAGGCUCCCAGCAUGUCCAGUACGAUGACGUUGCGCAACAACCUGGAAACCGAUUCGAGGACCAUUGCACCCACGUCGGACAAAGACCAUAGAUUCUGAAGCGCAUGGCCGCUCUCCCAUUGACAAUCUCGUUAAUUGUAGUAAUUAUAAUUUAAGUGUUCUUUGGAUAUGCCUAGCAGUAAUUAAAGAUAUUCGUUUAUGUUUA